UACAUAUUCAGCUCCUCAUCUUUUUUUCCCUUUCCUUUCCUCUAUUCUCCCCAUUCUCUCCUCUUCCCUCUAAUCUCUGAAUACCCUCCCUCUAAUCCCUAUUCAAGAUGGUCUUCUAUCCUCCUCCCUCGGUUAGCCUGCCCUUCGAGCCUCCCGAGUCAAUCACCAUCCCCGACUUCAUCUUCAGCGAUAAGCACGCUCGCAAACCUAUUGCUCAGUCCAGAAAUCCCUUCACAUGUGGUAUCUCUGGUAAGACGUACACCACGGAAGAGGUCAUCCAGCGUGAGAAACUUCUCGCGCGUGCUCUUGCAAAGCGUCUUGGCUAUGAUGUCCACGAUGGAACAGAGUGGGAUAGAGUAGUUGCGCUAUUCUCAGUCAACACUAUCGACUACAUUACCAUGACCCAUGCUGUUCAUCGUUUGAACGGAAUCGUCACACCCGCCAGUGCCGCAUAUUCUGCCCCAGAACUCGAGCACCAGCUCUCCUCAUCCGGCGCAAACGCCCUUUUCACUUGUGUUCCUCUUCUUGAGACUGCUCUCACUGCCGCGAAGGCUGUCGGUAUCCCUGAGGAUCGUGUCUUUCUUCUACCCGUGCCUGGCUUUGAGUCUAAGCCACCUUUUAAGUCAAUUGAUGAUUUGAUUGCAGAGGGCAAGGAUGCGCCUGAAAUUCAGCCUCUGAAUUGGAUCAAAGGCCAAGGCUUGAGGCAAGUUGCGUAUCUAUGCUACUCCAGUGGAACAUCAGGUCUUCCCAAAGCGGUUGAAAUCACUCAUGUCAAUGUGAUCGCAAACGUUAUGCAAAUGACAGUCCAAAACGAGGAGGGUCGAAAAGCAGCGGGAGUCGACACUCAGGUUCAGCUUGGUCUCUUACCACUCAGUCACAUUUACGGCCUCGUCCCAGUCGCUCAUUGGGGCAUCUACAAUGGCGAUGAGACAGUCAUUCUGCCCAAGUUCGAGCUUAAGAUGUUUCUUGCUACUGUCCAACGCUAUAAGAUCGAACAAAUGGCUCUCGUCCCUCCCAUCAUGGUCCAAAUGCUGAGUCACAAGGCUGAAUGCCAAAAGUACGACCUCAGCUCUGUCCGCUUCAUCUUCAGCGGUGCUGCUCCCCUUGGAAAGGAGACAAUCUUUGGCUUGAAUGAAAUCUGGCCCAAGUGGAAUAUCUGCCAAGGCUACGGUCUCACUGAAACGUCACCCGUGGUCUCAUCAACCACCGAACUCGAUAUCGAUCCCGGCUCCUCGGGAUCGCUUCUUCCCGGCAUCAAGGCUAAGGUCAUCGAUGCUGAAGGCAAAGAGGUUACGGAAUACAACACCCCCGGUGAACUCUACGUCCAAGGCCCCAGUGUUGUUCUGGGAUAUCUCAACAAUGCAAAGGCCACAGCUGAGACCUUUGUAAACCACAGCGAUGGACGCUGGAUGCGAACAGGUGAUGAGGUUAUUGUUCGCAAGUCACCCAAGGGCAUCGAACACCUUGUCAUCGUGGACCGAAUCAAGGAACUUAUUAAAGUCAAGGGCCACCAAGUCGCACCAGCUGAGCUCGAAGCUCAUCUUCUCACCCAUCCUCUCGUCGACGACUGUGCCGUUAUUCAAGUCCCUGAUGACCGAGCUGGCGAAGUCCCCAAGGCCUUCGUCGUCAAAGCACCCGAGGCCAAGGGCAUGUCCGACGAGGAGGUCACAAAAAGCAUCAACAAGCACGUCGAAGAGCACAAGGCGCGACACAAGUGGCUCAAGGGCGGCAUCGAGUUCAUCGAAAUUAUUCCCAAGAGUCCUAGUGGCAAGAUCCUUCGACGUCUGUUGAGAGACAAGGAGAAGCAGGCCCGCAAGGAGAAGGGCGCCAAGCUGUAAUGAUAUGAUGCAUAGAGAGUGUAAGAAAGAGAGGGAAAUUUAUGCGCUUCCUACAAGGAAGUAGAGCGAUUAAUGACUAUUAGAUCACUUAACAAACUUAUCAUAUAUCUUUGAUCUUAUGGCAAGCCUAUGGUAUUGAAUCCCGGCUUCAUGGUAUCAGGGCCAUGCCAACCAUAAGAAGAAAAGCACGAUGGUCAGCGAAUACAAUCGAGAAUCGAGAACGAGUAGGAUCGUCGCCAAAGGGAGCUGAACUCUUAAUGAACGAGGCGCUCUCCAAUUGACGAUUGAUUGCUCAAUGUGCUCUUGGGAACCAUAAAACCCAUCUUACAUGCUCUUAUCCUGUACAUCGGACUGACGGCAUCGCCAAGUAAAGGAACUCCUUGAAGAGACUAUAGAUCAAGAUUAAUGCAGUUUCCAGAAUCAUUCAUGAUAUCACAUUGAUGCAAGCCCGAGUAUUCAUUAAAGCACUGAGACG